UGACUGACAUCUGUGUCACACAAACGAUGUUAGAGACAUACAGCCUCAGACACCAUUCACUUCACUGUAGGAUGCUUUGAACUUGCAAGAAAGAUGUACCGGUUUGAAACAACAUGAGAAUUUUCAUUGUGGGGUGAACAAUUCCUUACUUAUUCCUUAUUUACUUAAUUCGAGACAUAUCGGUGACAUUUUUUAAUAACUUUGUCUCGCGAGCAUUUUGGUCUUGGCUUGAUAAGAGGUCUGUAGAGUGAUUUGAAUCGAGGAUGAAGUCAGACUCGGUACGGAAGUAGAAGAGCAGAGCACCCUCUCCUGUUCAGCACGACCUGAGCCUCUGAGUUACAGCUCCAGAGAAACUCUGACACUUCAGUACCUGCGCUGAGAACAGAACGGAGAGGGCUCAAAAAAUGUCCUCUAGAAGCCGGCUGCAUCUCCUUCUCAUGCUCCUGUUUGGCCAAGUUUGGUCCAUUUUCUCUGUGCAGGAAAUGCAAACAGAUCUUGAAACCAUUAUGAAAAUCAACGCUGCUGGAGAAAUGAUGCAGUGCUCUGCAGCGAUGGAUGUUCUCUUUGUGAUGGACAGCUCCUACAGUGUUGGGAAAGGAGGAUUCGAACGAUCCCGGCACUACAUGUUGAAGCUGUGUGAGGCUCUCGAUGUCAGCCCAGGCAAGGUGAAAGUUGGCGUGGUUCAGUUUGGUUCCACACCCAAACUGGAAAUCAGUCUAGACUCCUACAAGGGCAAGGAGGAGCUGAAGAAAAAGAUGAAGAAAAUCCACUAUAGAGGUGGAAGUACACAGACAGGUCUGGCUCUGAAGUUCGUUCUGAGGAAGGGGUUUUCCGGCGGACGCAAUUCCACAGUGCCACGCGUCGUCAUCCUCUUAUCUGACGGAAAGUCCCAGGGGGCAGUGCAGCUGGCUGCCUCGGAGCUCAAGCUUUCUGGAGUGGCUCUGUUUGCUGUGGGGAUCCGUUACCCCAGGUGGGAAGAGCUCCGUGAAUUGGCAAGCAGCCCAUCGGAUACACAUGUGUUCUUCGCUGAGCACUUCAGUGAUGCUGUAAACGGAUUAUUCACCACCCUCACCACCUCCUCCUUCUGCACUGCAGUACCUUUAGGGUGUAAGGUGGAGUCUUACCCGUGUGUGCAGAAAACCCUGGAGACGGUAAAAGAGCUUCAGGGAAACUUCAUGUGCUGGAAAGGGUCCAAGGGAUAUUCACCAUACACAUCCCUCUGCCCUCACUACAGGUAUAACAAAGUUUACAGGCAGCACCCUGUUGUCUGUCACAGAACUAUCUGUCCAGACCCCUGUGACUCUCAGCCCUGUCAGAACGGGGGGACGUGUAUAUCUGAGGGACUGGAGAAAUACCGCUGCGAGUGUCCCACAGGCUACGGCAGUGACCCCAAUUGUGCUCCCAUUCUGAGUUUCGACUGCUCUGUGGAUGUGCUCUUCCUGGUUGAGGGCUCCUCUGCUCUUACUCUAGAGGGUUUCUUGCGCUUCAAGUCCUUCCUGAAGCGUUUCAUGCAGGCUGUACUGAGCUCUGACACCCCUGUAAAGAUGGGGUUGGCCCAGUAUGGCAAUGACGUGAAAAUCGAGGCCAAAAUUGGGGAGCACAGAGACCCGGCGAAGCUGAUCCAGGCUGUUGAGCGUCUGCAGUAUCGUGGUGGGCAGGCCAAGGCUGGAAACGCCCUUCGCUACAUCACACGCAAUGGCUUCCAGAGCACACCCGUGUUUGCCGACGUUCAGGACGACCUGCCGCGAGUGGUAGUGCUGCUCACAGGGACGCCCUCGGCGGACCCUGUGGUGGAGCCGGCGAAGUACGCACGGGACAGGGAGAUCUUCAUCAUCGGUGUAGCGCCAGAAGGGAUGAGGGCUGAAAUAAACAACAUAACAGGAAACCCCCAGCGCACCAUCACAUACCAGUCACCUGACAGAUUGAGCGCUAAGAUCCCAGAACUAAGAGCCAAAAUUUGCAGUGUCGACAACCAGGGAUGUCUGGGUCAAGCUUUGGACCUUGUUUUUGUGCUGGACGCCUCCAGUGGUGUAGGCAAGGACAAUUUCGUCCACUUUCAAGACUUUGUUCGGAGCACCUCAGUGCAGUUUGACAUCAAUCGAGAUGUGGCUCAGGUGGGACUGGUGGUUUAUGGGAGGCGGCCCGUCACGGUCUUUGACCUGGACAAGUAUGACUCGGGCUCUGCUGUGCUGAGGGCAGUGAGAGACGCUGCUUAUCUGGGUGGGAAGGCCUCUACAGGUUCAGCACUGCUCCAUGUGCUCUCCCAAAGCCUGACAGCGGGGAAAGGAGCACGACCUGGAGUCAACAAGGCCGUGGUGGUGCUCACUAAUGGGAUUGGUGCAGAGGAUGCAGCGGUGCCCGCCCAGAAGAUCCGUGAUAGCGGAGUGUCAGUGUUUGUGAUCGGAAUCGGGGACAUACAGCAAGAGGUUCUCUUCCGCAUCGCCGGCUCUGAGGAUCACAUGAUCUCUGUACCUUCAUAUGAUGACUUGAAAUACUCUGAAGAUGUGCUGGUACAGAUGGUGUGUGCAGACGUGAAGAAACCUGUUAACCUGUGCAGUCCCAACCCCUGUAUGAACGAUGGCAUCUGUGUGCUACUCAACGGCAGCUACCGCUGUGAAUGCCGCGGGUGGAAGGGUCCACACUGCGAAACACGAAGCAGAGAGCAGCCAUCUAGAGGAGAUCUCCCUAAACCUGCAGGCCUGAGGCGCCGUCAGCACAAGAGUGAAAAAGAGCUGCUGCAGAGCUACAGGGAGCACCGCAGGAGACACGCCUCCCGCAUGAGUUAGAAUUCUACAAUUCACUCUGGUGGUGAACACACAGUCCAGACGACACUCCAAUGCAUCUAUUUCAUGAAUUUUGUAAAUGCGUUUACUGCCUUAAAUGAGGAUUUUUUUUAAUUUUUUUAUUAAUAGUCAAUCUUAACUCUUUCCCUGCCGUUGACAGAAUUUUCCGGCAAGCCAUGUUUUCACUGUUAUACGGUAGGGGGCGCUAUUACACAUCUUCUGAAAGAGUACAGAAUCUCCAGAUCAAAACUCAGGCAAAAAAAAAAGAAGCAGAAACAAGCAAUAAAACCACUGCUUAUGCACGUUGUACAAAAAUGCGAUUUUCUCUCAUGUUGCUUUUUUUUAUGAAACUUACCCACAUUCAAGUGUUGAUAAAAAAAAAAAAGAAUGCAUGAAGCUAGAAUAAAAUGUUUUUGUUUUUUUUUUGGUUAUUUUUUUAGAAAGCAGAGGCUCUGUUCUUUCUUUUGAUAUAUUGCAUGUUCAGAUAUUCAUACAACAAAGUAUUUUGGGGGACCAUGGGGGGCAACUUUUUCAAAAAAUGCUGGCAGGGAAAGAGUUAAGGGGUUUUAAUGCUGUUUGUAUUGUUUAUUCAGCACUGAAGACCCUUUAUGAACAUGUUUUCUGUCUGAGAUUUGGACUUGCUUGUGAUCUGUCAUACUGAAAAAUCCUUGUGUAACAGAAAGCCUCAUGUUAGAGGCUUAUGAUUUUGAUCAUAUUUAUUUUUUUAUCAGCUACAGUCAUGCAUUUGUCUAUUGUAAAGCUAUUAAAUUUUUUUUUUC